AUGCGUCCACCCACUCUCUGGGUCCACCGCUAUGGGCGUGGUGUAUCCCGGAGGUUCUUGGCGACGAUUGCAGUGGAUCAGCCUCCUCGUGUACCCCAGACAGUAAUUGAGAAGGUCGUCCAGAAAUAUGCUGUUGGACUACCAGAAGGCAAAGUCGUCAAGGCUGGAGACUACGUUAUGAUUAGGCCUCAACACGUCAUGACCCAUGAUAACACUGGUCCGGUGGUAUCGAAGUUCAAAUCAAUAGGUGCAAGCAAAGUGCACAACCCUUCACAACCCGUCUUCACUCUUGACCAUGAUGUGCAAAACCGCACAACGAAGAACCUUGCGAAGUACGCUAUGAUCGAGCAGUUUGCGCGAAAGCAUGGCAUCGACUUCUACCCUGCCGGACGUGGAAUUGGGCACCAAGUCCUCGUCGAAGAGGGCUACGCCUUCCCACACACACUAACCGUGGCCAGCGACAGUCACAGUAAUAUGUAUGGUGGUGUUGGGUGUGUCGGUACGCCAAUAGUCCGAACAGAUGCUGCAGCGCUUUGGGCGACAGGGAAGACAUGGUGGCAGGUUCCUCGGAUGAUUAAGGUCGAACUGAAGGGCCGACUGGCACCUGGCGUAACGGGGAAGGAUGUCAUUGUUGCCCUGUGUGGAUCAUUUAACAAGGAUGAAGUCCUAAACGCUGCUUUGGAAUUUACUGGCGAAGGGGUCGCGGCGCUUGGUGUGGACGAACGGCUUACGAUCGCGAACAUGACGACAGAAUGGGGGGCCCUAGCAGGUGUCUUCCCAGUCGAUGAGACGCUCCUCAAGUGGUACGACGACGUCCUGAACAAGCUCGAGCUACGGACGUUCUCUUCUUCGCCAGGCAUCCCGAAGCCUCCAACACAUCCGCGGAUAAACGCGCAAAGACUGAAGGCUCUCCGCGAGUGCAACAUCACCUCUGACCCAGGAGCAGAGUAUGUCUCGCACCUCGUUUUCGACCUCUCCACCCUCGUCCCGCACGUCUCUGGCCCCAACAGCGUUAAGGUCUCUAACCCCUUACCUGCCCUCGAAGCGAAGAAGAUCUCGAUCCAGAAAGCCUACCUCGUCAGCUGCACCAAUUCGCGUGUGUCCGACAUAGCGGCUGCGGCUGCCGUCAUGAAAGGCCGCAAAGUCGCGCCUGGCGUCGAGUUCUACAUCGCCGCCGCGAGCUCUGCCGUGCAACAGGAGUCUGAACGGCUGGGCGAUUGGGAGACAUUGAUUCUCAGUGGCGCGAAGACCCUCCCUGCCGGCUGUGGGCCGUGCAUUGGCCUCGGGACAGGUCUUCUUGAGGAAGGUCAGACGGGCAUCAGCGCAACCAACAGGAACUACAAGGGCCGUAUGGGACACCCCAACGCUCAAGCCUACCUUGCCAGCCCGGCUGUCGUCGCGGCGAGCGCCAUCAAGGGAUACAUAUGUGGCCCCGACUCGCUCGACGCCUCUCUCCUUCCACCCGUCGGCGCACCGACCUUCUCCAUCGUCUCCACCGACUCUACCGAAGCCUCCUCUGGGGCCACCUCCGCCGCGAACGAGCCUCUCCUUCCCUCCUUCCCCGCAACCUUUGCCGGCCCACUCCUCUUCGCCCCUCAAGACAACCUCAACACCGACGGUAUCUACCCCGGGAAGUACACAUACCAGGAUGACAUUACCCUCGGACGCCAGGCCGAAGUAGUGAUGGAGAACUACGAUCCCGGGUUCGCCUCGCUCGCCGCUUCCUUGAUCUCCAAGCAGAGCCAGCAAUCCACUCUCAAAGGCGCCCCGAAGGACACGAAACAGGGCGUGGUGCUGGUAUCGGGUUAUAACUUCGGCACUGGCUCGUCUCGCGAGCAGGCCGCGACGGCGCUCAAGGCGGCAGGUGUACCUCUCGUGAUCGCGGGUUCGUUUGGGGAUAUAUUCAAGAGGAACGCGAUUAAUAACGGACUGGUGUGCCUCGAGUGCCCAGAACUCGUUGCUGAUUUGACGGAGGCGUACGCCGAAGGUGGCCAGCGCGGUGCUGGAGGCAUGAACGGGGAGCUGACGGUGGAUAAGGGUCUGGAAGUGACCAUCGGCAUGGCGGAUGGCCGGGUGGUGGUAGGAGGAGGUGUGGCGGAUAGUAAGAAGGUGUAUGCUGUCAAACCGAUUGGCGCCAGUGUGCAGGAGCUGUGGUUAUGUGGUGGGCUGGAGGGGUAUAUCUUGAAGGAAAUCAAUGCGCAGGCGCAGGCGUCGCCCUAA